GUAAUCUAUUUGUUUCCUUUUACAUUCGCGAUUGGUUUGAUCUGAGGUCGGAGUGAAGAUAUUUAUUUUUAAAUAGAAAUUUGUUUGAAAAUGGCUACCGCGGGACAACAACCAAAACCAAAAGGGAGAAUACAGUUAAUUAGAUCUUCACUACCCUACCAAGUUUUACUGUAUUUGAAUGGAUGGUACUUUGGAUUCUUUUUCAUUUGUGAAAUACUCAUUUUCAUAUUUAAAGGAGAAACAUUACCUUAUGCUGAAAAUGUGUUGCCUGCUGAAGUCAUACUGGUUUUCCUCCUAGCAGCAAUUGAAGCCCUCAGGAUUUUCUUUGCUCAAAAAGGUAACCUUACAGAAAGAAUAGUUGGUGUAUUAGUGUCUAUAUUACUGAGUAUACCUGCUGUGCUUGGAGCUUUAUAUUUAAUACUAUGGCAGACCUAUGUCUUGAGAGUUGAUGUAAUAUUAGCUUCAAUCCAGGUGGUGUUGAUUGGACUGGAACUCAUCUUUGGAAUUAUAUCUAUGAUCACAUUUGCAAGAGCUACGCCAUAUUAAAGAACUUAAUUGUGGUUCAUCUUUGAUAGUAACCUGGUGUUGAGGAUACAUAAAUACAUACAUUCUUUAUAAUAUUUGUUAUGAGGAUACAUAAAUACAUACAUUCUUUAUAAUAUUUGUUAUGAGGAUACAUAAAUUUAUAUAUACAUACUUUCUUUAUAAUAUUUGUUAUGAGUCUGACACCGAUAUAAUCAUAAAUUACUCUCUGACGUGGAUAGACACAACCUUUUUAAAAUAAUUUUGAGCCUUGAGUAAUUUGUAGGCAUGUAAAUAUACUUUGUUACUAGUCUUGAUGUUCCUCAAGGUGAACUGUACUUUCUUUUCAUUAAUACAUGCUCAAUUGUUCUAUGGUAUCUUUUUCUUCCAAGUCUGGUGUAUCAGAAGCCAGUUGCAUGUAAUGGUAUUUAUGUCAUUGACAAUUCAAGCUAGAUUUCCAUCGUCUAGGAUGACAAAAUUAUAUUACAACAAAAUUAUCAUAUACCGUCCUAUAAAUAUUCAUUCAUUUUGUGGUAAACAUUAUAUUGUAAGAUAUUGUACAUUAAGAUAUAGAUAAAAGAUUUUGUAUACAAUGUAUAUGAUUAUACAUAUUGUACAUGUAGUAAAUAAUAAAUAUUUAUUGAAAUGAAAA